AUGCGAGUCUAUGUUGUGGAUGAUGUUACUAGUGCAGAGAAUGGAAUUGUGCCAUUGGCAGUAAAAAUUUCGCGAACAUCUCCCGAUGAACCAAUCGUUGAAGAAAAGCCAACUUUCAGAUCAGUUCUCUGUUACAUCUUCACAUCUGGAACAACAGGAAAUCCGAAGCCUGCCGUCAUAAAGCACUAUAGCGUUUGCUCUCUGCAAAAUAUGUAUAAACUCGUUGCGGUAGGAUUUUCCGGCUUAUGGCCUCUGGAACUCAUAACAUUUUUAAGGUAUUACUGGAUGGCAAUGGGUGUCGCGAAAUCGUUCGGUAUUUACACCAGCGAUCGUAUGUACGUUAUGAUGCCGAUCUAUCAUAGCGCUGGAGGAAUACUUGGCAUUGGUCAGGUAGUACUGCAGGGUAGCACAGCUGUUGUCCGAAAAAAAUUCUCUGCCAGUAAUUUUUGGAAGGAUUGCUCGAAGCACGACUGUACCGUGAGCCAGUAUAUCGGAGAAAUGUGCAGGUUUGUGGUUUUUGCAUUUUCGAAGAAUGAAAUUUGGAAUUCCGUAAGACGUGGAGGUACCUUGUGGGAUAGAGUUCUUUGA